GAAACUGCUGCUGCUCCCCUCUCCGCCUGGCCCCGCCGCGGGCUUCGCCUCCAGCCGCCGCCGGGGCUGCGGACCAGCCGCUUUCACUUUCGCCUUCGAGUCUUCUCCGCUGCUGGAGCCCCGGGACCCCCGUGCGCGGUCAGGUUGAAUACAUGGAGAGAGAAGAAGCAAGCUACCUAAGGAGAGUCACUGCUUCCCAGGAUAGAGUCCUCCAUCCUCUCGGGGAACCCCUUCAAGAACAUUGGAUCUUUGUAAGUAGGAUCAGCAUUUUGACUGGAACUUGAAUGCCUCAAAGCUUGAAGUGCAGCAGGAACUUGGAUGACUUGAAAGGUUGCUCAGUAAAUCAUCAAUUCAAGCAGGGCCUGUCAUUUUUUUUUCUUCAACAGAACUUCUCUAUUUAAAAACAUCUGAUUAAGAUCAACAACCAACCACAUGUUCUGUUGCAAAUGGACUUCAUGACAUGUUGGCUUCCUGCUUAAAACACAAAAAGAGGGCAGAUAAACUUAAAGGAACAGCAGCUUGUGAUGACAAAGUGCCAAGUGCCAGCUGCCCUCAUUCACCAGAUCGAGCAGGAAUUGGACGAAGAUGAAAAGGAGAUGAUAUUUUUCCUGUGCCGGGAUCUCGUUCCUGAUUUAUCUAAUACAGACAUCAGGGAGCUCCUGGGGGCACUGAAUGAGAAGGGAAAGCUGCCGUUUGGCUUGUCUGAGCUGUUAUACAGAGUGAGGAGGUUUGACUUGCUGAGGAGGGCCCUGCGGACAGAGAGAACAGCAGUGGAGACUGAUCUGGCGAGGUAUCCUAGAAUGGUCUCUGAUUACAGGGUGCUGAUGGUAGAGAUUAACGAAGAGCUGGAUAAAAAAGAAGUGGGUUCUCUCAUUUUCCUGCUCAAGGAUUAUGUGCCACGUAUGAAAAUGGCAAAAGAUAAGAGUUUCCUGGCUGUUGUCAGUGAUCUAGAGAAACUAAAUCUGGUGGCUCCUAAUCAGUUGGAUUUGAUAGAAGACUGUUUGCAGAACAUUCAUAGGAUAGACCUGAAAAAGAAGAUCCAGCGGUACAAACAUGAAGCUCUGUCCAACAGUGGUUCUCCGCCAAUGUAUAUAAAUGCACUUCAGGCAUCUCUCCCUAACCUGACUCUCAUUGACCCUCCCUACAGUUCAGGGAUCCAGAAUGUGAACAAAGAAAGAUCAUUAAAUGGACAACAUGCCAUUCAGACAGAACCAGUUCACACAUCAGUACAGGAAUCGGGAGCCACCUCCUCUCAGGUGAAUAAAAAGGUGUAUGAUGAUCGGUACAGAAUGCAGAGUCGGCCUUUAGGAAUAUGCCUGAUUAUAGAUUGCAUUGGCAAUGACACAGAUAUAUUGGAGGACACCUUUAAAGCUCUAGGCUUUGAAGUUCACUGUUACCAGUAUUUAAGUGUGGAAGCCAUGAACAAAACAUUCCAUGACGUUGCAAGACUGCAAAAGCACAGAGACCUUGACAGCUUUAUUUGCAUAUUGGUCAGCCGGGGGAGCCCUCAGAGCAUCUUCUGCACAGACCAGACCUUUCCUGGGUACCCCUUGGAUCAGGUGAAGAAGUUUUUUACUGGAGACUCAUGCCGUGAACUCCUAGGGAAACCUAAGCUCUUCUUUAUUCAAAGCUACAUUGUGCCAGCAGAUCAGCAAGAACCCAGUCUGCUGGAAGUGGAUGGGAAUGAACAGAAAAUCACUGCCAAUACCAGAAGCCCUAGGAACUGUAGUAUUCCCCCAGUAGCAGACAUCUUUUGGAGUCAAUGCAAGGUGGAUGUGUCUGUGCUAGAAAGGUCACCCAGCUCAUCUUCCCAUUAUCUACGCUGUCUGGCUGAGCUCCUGUGCAAUCCUCAUAAAAGAAAGCUCCCCCUACUGGAUAUCCAUAUUGAGUUGAACAGCAGAGUGUAUGAUUGCAACAGGACCUCAGAUCCACAGCAACAAUACUCACUCCUGCUACAACACACCUUGAGGAAAAAACUCUUUCUUUUUCCCAGUUAAAAGCUAAUGGAAAUUGCAUGGGACACGAUGUUAAGAUGGGGAUAUCCAUGUGGGCUUUUUCUUCAAUUGUCAUGGUUCCAUGCAUUUUUGAAGUGCCUGUUGCUAGAGUAUCUGAGUAUUUAGAAACGUUUUGGAUGUUGAGGCAUCACAUGUUUCCAAUUUUAAACUUUAGGCAGAAGCUAGGAUAAGAGAGGCAGCUAAUCCAUAGCUCUGCAGCAGAUCUUAUAACCCAACCAAGCAGAAGGACAAUGUUGAAAGGGUUCUAAACUACAGAUUUAUUGUAUUUAGUUAUGUUUUGAUUUUUGAAACAUACCCAUUAGCAGUGCCCAUUCCAUGCUCCAGUAUUUAAACCAACACAAGAAUCAGCUAAAUUGGUAAGACUACCACCCCCAUGUAUAAUUAUAAUUCAUUCCCAGCCCAUAAUUAGGCAGGAGCUCAUUCCAGAGUCCAGGGGCUGUUGGAGAGAAUGCCCUCCUGGCAGCUCCAUCUCCUUUGUAACGAAGGAGCUGUGGCUGGAAUGCUUCUCCUGAUUGUGGCAGCCCGGAAUGAGAGGAGAGGCCAUUUUAAAGGUAAUCUGGACCCAAACCAUCCAAGGCUUUAAAGGUCGAAACUAACACCCUGAGUUGUACCCAGAAGCCCACAAGUAGUUAGUACAGCUCACAGAGCACUGGUGUUACAUGCUCCCACUUAACAGACAGGCUCUCACAUUCUGAACUAACUUCAGCUUCCCAAUGGUCCCAAGAUGUAGCCCUACCUGAAAUGCUUUACAGUAAUCUAAUCUCUCAGUGACAAAAGCCUAGGUAAGGGUAGCUAGGCCUGCCUCUGAAAUAAUAGAUCACACUUGCCACACCGGGCACAGAUGGAUAAAUGUGCUCUUUGCCACAGCUGAUCCAGCAGCAGCCCAGGAUCUGAUGAGACUGCUAAACCGUGAAUCUGGCUAGCAAAUAACAGCCACCUUCCACCAAGCAGAGGAGUUUGUGUAGCUAGCCCAGUUCCUAGGGCUGCUUGCUCCCACCCUUCUAACGUUAUUUCAGUCCCAUCUAGAUUGAGCCUCAGCCAGCUAGACUUAGUGCAUGCUCCAGUUUCAGGCAGACACCAAGUCACCCAUUCCACUGCACCUUCAGACUCAGUCAUAAGGGCAAUGAACAACUAGGUAUUAUCCACGUGCUAUAGACACUGCAACCUCUUCACACGCACAAGAUUCAGUAGUUCUGUGCCACUGCAUUUAUACAAGACAAAAGACCUCUGCUCAGUAAUUUGAUUUUUCUUAAUUACCUUCUCCAUUCCCUACGGGAACAAUAAGAGACAGGAUUACCAUAAAUGUAGCAAUUCCUUUCCCUUCCACUUUCUACAAGGCCCUGAUCCUGUGAGCUCUGAGGCAAGUGAGUGUGCAUGUGAGUACUUUUGGUUGAUCCUCAGUCUUUUUGCAGGAUUGGGGCCUGGAUGAGUCAGUUUUAAGCUUGUCACUGGCCUGACUGUGCUUCCAUCCAUGGCAUGGUCCCAUCAUGCC